GCCCCUGUGCGGUUGUCAGGAGCAACCAAGGAAUGCGGACUAACGGCCAUGUUGAAGUUUGAGGAUUAACAACUCACUGCCAGCCAGCCAUGGGCCAGGAUUAUUACUCUGUGCUCCAGAUCACUCGCAAUUCAGAGGAUGCUGAGAUCAAGAGGGCCCUAAUUUUGUUGGUGAAUACAGAUGUCGAUUACGUCAUCACAACCAUUAUAAAAGGGUACCGGAAACUUGCCCUGAAGAACCACCCACUGAAGUCGGACGAGCCAUUUGCAGCAGAGACAUUCAGGCAAAUAGCAGAGGCCUACGAUGUGCUGAGCGAUCCUGUGAAGAGAGGCAUCUAUGACAAAUUUGGAGAGGAGGGCCUGAAGGGCGGAAUUCCUCUGGAGUUUGGAGCCCAGACACCAUGGACAACUGGCUACGUCUUCCACGGCAACCCUGACAAGGUUUUCCAUGAGUUCUUCGGGGGAGACAACCCUUUCAGUGAAUUUUUUGAAGCAGGAGGAAGUGAGGUGGAUUUGAAUUUUGGAGGACUCAGGGGUCGAGGGGUCAAGAAGCAGGACCCCCCAAUUGAACGGGAUCUCUAUUUAUCCCUGGAGGACUUAUUCUUUGGCUGCACCAAAAAAAUUAAGAUCUCUCGACGGGUGCUAAACGAGGACGGGUACUCCUCUACCAUCAAGGACAAGAUCCUCACAAUCGAUGUGCGGCCUGGGUGGAGGCAGGGCACACGCAUCACCUUUGAGAAGGAAGGAGACCAGGGUCCCAACAUCAUCCCAGCGGACAUCAUCUUCAUUGUGAAGGAGAAGCUGCACCCUCUGUUCCGCAGGGAGAAUGACAACCUUUUCUUUGUGAACCCCAUCCCCUUGGGCAAGUGCUGCCUGCCCACCUCCCCCUGGAAGGCCUUCUUCCCUCUCCAGAAUGGCGAGGAGUCCCUUCUUGACUCCCACAGACCUGUCCUUUCCAUCUCUAUCAGGACCUUAGUAUGCCGUCAACAUCAGUGUGACCCUGCAAGACUGUGAACUCCUUGAGGAUGGGUCAUGGCCUAGUUAGUGGUGGCAAACCUAUGGCAUGCGUGUGCAGCAGGCUGUUUACAUUAUUAAAAGCUCUAAAAGGUUCGCCAGCACUGGCCUAGGUCAUUCAUCUAUUAGUGUUUUUUUCUGAUACCAGAGAUCGAAUUUAGGAUUUUGUGCUUGUCAGGCAGGUGUUGUGUCACUGAGCUAAAUCCCCCCAGCCCUCAUCUAUUAGUUUUCAAACAGUUUUUCAUCUCUCUGGCACCCUCCUAAGGGCCUGGUAACAAAUAGAAUCAUACAGUGCCUUCUAAAUAGGUUGGCCAUGGUGGCCCCCUCCUUUGCUCCUAACCU